AUGCCCUGGCGUAAGAGGAAAUGCCAAUACUGCCAAAAGAUUUAUUGGAGUGAUAGACUGCUACGCGAACACUUGCGGAAGUACGUUGGCGAGUGGCGUCUUCCGGCCGACGGCAUCCAUGACUUCUCGGAGAUCACCCAGAUUUUGCGUCAGCCUCGUCAAAUAAGCUACGAGGCUGCUGAUUAUCUGAUACACAAAUGCUGGACCUGUGCCAAGGUCAUUCAAUCUCGCCGCCGGUUCAUCGAGCAUGUUGCUCAUCAGCGCCACUGUGGCUUCACGUACAAAUUCAAAGGAGCGACCUACCGCCCGCGGCGUGCAUGGCCCUUCAAAUUCAGCGAGGAGAGUAUGCUUAUUCGCGAGAAGACCUUUCCGUUUCUUCGCCUUCCUACAGAACUGCGAUUGAUGGUCUACGAGCAUCUGCUUUGUUUCAAGGAGAUUGUUAUUCAUCAUUAUCGGAGCCAUAAUCACUACAUUUCCUGGCUACAACAUAAUCCGUCCAAGAAUGCCCUGGCAAUCAUGGCCGUGAAUCGCCGGAUUUAUGAAGAAGCCCGACUGAUAUUCUACCGUUUGAACACAUUCACCUUCAGCUUUUUUGAUGCUCUACCCAUCUUCCUAAUUGGCAUCGGAGACAAGAAUGCCAAGCUACUACAGAGGGUGCGCUGCAGGAAAGUCCACACAGGCAUGAAGUACACAGACAUCACGAAAUCGUGCCUGAGAGACAUUUACAUGACGGGACAAACGCCGCCCAGAGCAGACCUCGCACUCCAGAGUGUCGCAGACCCGUUAAUGUCACGUGGAUAUGACGACGACGAACUAGUGGCUUGGUGCGCCACGGGCAACUAUCGUCUGUUCCCAGCAAAUAUCUUGAGGGCGUGUGAUGGUCCACCACAAAAGUGUUUCAGGCUCAAAGUUUCCCUGCAGCAAGAUUUAGUCGACCGACGCACUCUGCCCCGACAGGUUACGGCUUCAUAUGAAUUAUACCUACGGAAGAAUCAAGAAGGCGCUUGA